AUGUCAUCAGAUGAAAUAAAACAACUACGAAUACAUAUUGGUAACAUAUCACCUAAAUUAAAAGAAAAUCCAAAUUUACUAGAAUCUAGAAUUGAAAAAUUCAACUUCAUACUCAUAAAACCAUUAACUUUUCAUACAAAACCAUUACAAUUAAAAUAUUUUGCAUUUAUAACUAUAGAAUCAUCAACAAAAGAAUAUGAAAAAUUUAAAAAUUCAUUAAAUGGAGUUGUAUUUAUGGGUUUAAAAUUAAAUAUAGCAUUAGCAAAACCUGAAUUUAAAGAAAGAUUUAAAAUUAUAAAAAAUACACCAGAAGAUUUGAAGAACCAAUUAAAACAAUCACAGAUAGUACAAUCUAGAACUAAAAGAAUUGAAGAAUCUCGAAAUAAAUAUCCCAUAAACUCAAUAACUUCACACAUUUCCACUGCACAAACUUUAUCACCAAUAAUAUCAAAAUCAGAACAUACAUUUCAAAAUAAUUCAGCAAAUACAAAAAAUUUACCACCAACUCAAAGAUUAAAUGGUUCAAAAUCAUAUGGAUCAACAUUAAAUUCAUUAUUUUAUAAAUAUUCAAAUGGUAAAUCUCAUUCAAUAACAAAAGGAAUACAUAGAAAAUCACCAAGAAAAGAAUUAAAUUUAAAAAAUCAAACUCUUCGUAUAUUAAUAAAUGGUGAAUUAAAACAAUUUAAAUUUUAUAAAACUAAAUUAUGGGGGUAUGAAAAGAAUCGAAAUAUAAGAGAUUUAACUUGGGAAUUUGAUACAGCAACCAAUUCAUGGAAAAGUGGGUAUGAUCAUAUUAUUGAAAAAUCAACUUCAUGUGGUAUAAACGGUAAACAAGCCUUGAGUUAUGGUCAAAAUUUAACUAAUGAACCAGCAACAAUCGUAGAUACAGUCGAUGAAGAUCAUGAAUCUAAAAAAAAUAAAUCCAUAUUAGCUUCAAUUUUAACUAAUUAUGAUUUUAAUAAACCAAUUGAAAUUGAAGAAAAUAAUGGAAUUGAACAAGAAGAUAUUGAAAUUGAUUCAAAAGGUAGAAAAAAAGUUAAACAUUAUGAUUAUGAAAUUGAAGGUAAAAAUAUUGAUGAAGAUGAAGAUGAAAAUGAAAAUAAAAAUGAAGAGCGAACACAAAUAAUAGAGCAACAAAAAGAUUAUGAUGAAGUAAUACAAAUUUCAAGUGGAGAUUUACAAAAACCUCAAGAAGAAAUAUAUUAUGAUGAAGAUGAUGAAGGAAAUGAUAUUGAUUUUACUACUUUAAAACCAACUCAAAUAAUAGAAAAUGAUGAUAUAGAAAUAGAUGAUGAUAAGGACAACAACGAAGUAGUUCAGGAAAGAGAGAAUAAAGAGAUUGAAACAGUUAAAGAUCAAAUACUACAGGAUAAAGUUGAAGAUAUAAUUGAAGAUCAAGUAGAACAAAUUGAAGAAAAUUCAGAUGAAGAAGAAUUCAUACCUACUUUCGGGUCAAAUUCAGAAUCAAACAAAACAACAAGUAAUACAGAAACACUUCGAUCAUUAUUUAAUCCCACAACCAGCAUAGAUUCAAACAAUUCAGAACAGCAACAAAAUGGUUUUAAAUUAGCAUUAUCAGAAGAUGAUGAAGAUAUUGAUAACUCAGCACAACUUCAACUUCAAGAUCAAGAACAAUUAUUAAAACAAAUUCAAAAACAACAAAAUCAACAGCAACAACAACAACAACCAGAAGAACAAAAUAUAAAAACAAUAAAAAAUAAUAAAGAUAUAGGAUUAUUUUGGCCACAUUUUGAAUCACCAUUUUUAAGUACUCAAUCACAAUUUAGUAAAAUUGGAAAUAUUAAAAUUUUUAAUCCAAAUCAUUUUCAAUUACCUAAACUUACUGAAGAUACUAGCUCAAGUAAUGUUGGAAAUGAAGAUGAAACUGAAUUUGAAAAAUGGUUUUGGUUUAAUCGUGGUGAAUUUUCAAGAGAAUUUAAAAGACGAAGACGUGAUGUUUUAAGAAUAUUGAAAAAGAAACAAAAAUAA